AUGUCUUUCCUUCAUAUUGUUUAUACACUUGUCUUUACUGUCUGUCUUAUUUUGGCCGUAUUAGUUCUCAUAUUGGUUUGGCUAUUUCAUUGUGGUGGACUUAGUUAUGGUUUUUAUAAAUUUCAUCGAAGAACAUCACCAAAUAAUCAUAAAGAAUUACCUGGAAUCUCAAUUAUUAAACCAUUAACAUGUAUUGAUUCAAAUUUAUAUGAAAAUCUAAAGACAUUUUUUAAUUUAAAAUAUCCUCGUUACGAAAUACUCUUUUGUCUACAAGAACAUGAUAGUGAUAUGAUCGACAUGAUCGAAAGACUUCGUGCACAAUAUCCACAUGUCGAAUCACAAUUAUUUGUUGGAUCUCAACCAAUAGAAAAAAGACAGGAAAAUGAGAUUAAUGAUGAUGAUGACGACGAUCAAAAUAAUGAUAGUUUUCGAUUGGUAACAAAUACCAAAGAUAUUUCAACAAGGAGCAAACGAAUGCCGUUAAGAAAACCACCUUUAUGUUGUGGUUCAAAAAAACUUUCCUCCAAUGAUGGAUCAUUACAAUUUGGAACACCAGAAAUAAUCAAUCCAAAGAUAUCUAAUAUGUUAGCAGCUUAUGAAAAAGUACAAUAUCCAUUGUUUUUAAUCUCAGAUAGUGGUUUAAUGAUGUAUGAAGAUACAUUAUAUGAAAUGGUUUUGUGUAUGACUGAUGAUGUUGGCCUUGUUCAUCAAAUGCCAUUUACUCAUAAUAGAAAAGGCUUUGCGGGAACAGUUGAAAAGGUUUAUUUUGGUACACAACAUGCUCGUAUGUAUAUGUCAAUUAAUUUAAUUGGUGUAAAUUGUGUUACUGGAAUGUCUUGUUUAAUACGUAAAGAAUGUAUUGAUCGAGUCGGUGGUUUAAAAACUUUUGGUCGUUAUAUUGCUGAAGAUUAUUAUCUCGCAUAUGAAAUAGCUAAACAAGGUUUUAAAUUACGUGUUGCACCAACACCUGCUCAACAAAAUUCUGGUAAUUAUUCAAUAUCAGCAUGGACUGAUCGAAUGAUUCGAUGGUGUAAAUUAAGAAUGCGUUUAAGUCCAUUAGCUUAUAUAGAACCGUUACAAGAAUCCCUUUCAUCAGCUAUAUUAGCUGGUAUUGUUACAAAUUAUUUAUUUGAAUGGAAUGCUCUUGUUGUUGCUGCUUGUCAUAUUUUAUUAUGGUUUAUUUGUGAUUAUCUUAUGCUGAGAAUCACACAAGGUGGUUCACUUCCUUUUUCGAAAUUUGAAUUUGCUGUUGCAUGGCUUGUUCGAGAACUUUCGUCAUUUUACAUCUACUUUAAAGCAUUCACUGGUCCAUCGACAGUUACAUGGCGUGGAAAAGAAUACCGUUUAGGAUCAGGUACACGAGUCGAAGGUUUAUAUAGUUCAUCUUCAUCAUUAUCAACAACACCUUCUCUUGUUGUUGAAUCAUCAUCGAUUUCGUCCUCAUCAAAUUCCAUAUUACCAGUGAUAGGAUAA